UAUUGGAUGACGGAGCACAUGUUUCUCUCAGGUCUCUACUUUGGUAAAUGCGCCCUGGCGGCAGCCGGGCAGGAUGACCACCUCGCAGCACAAAAAGUGCGCAUUCAUGCCUGCCGUCGCGACGAUGGUGGCUAUGCUGGCAAUGAGGUGUAUCCAUCGCACCUUCUUUAUACCUACAGCGCUGUACAGCUGGCCAUUUUAUACAACCAGCCAGAACUGCUCGACGCCGACGCACUUGAAGCAUUUGUCUGGUCUCGCCUCCUGCCUUCGGGCGCUUACUACGGCAACGAUCCCAGUGAUACUGAUACAAGGUUUAGCUAUUGUGCCUUGGCCACCUUGGCACUUGUGGACAAGUUGCAGCCGGAAGCCAUCAAUGUGCGCCAGGCAGGCGAAUUCGUUCUGGCGUGCCAAAACGACGACGGCGGUUUUGGCUUGCGCCCUGGCUGCGAAUCCCACGCCGGCCAGACGUUCUGCUGUGUGGCCGCCCUGCAACUGUGUGGGCUCCUCGAAAAGGCCAACCAUGACACCCUCAAGGGAUUUCUGCUGCGACGUCAACAAGCCGAUGGCGGGUUCAAUGGUCGUCCAGAAAAGGCAUCCGAUGGCUGUUACGCAUGGUGGGUGCUUGCCACUAUGGCCAUUUUAGGUCCAAGCGUGCUGGGUGCGAUUGACAAGGCAGCUGCAAUCAAGGCCCUUUUUCGAUUACAAACGCCGGCAGGCGGCUUUAGCCCCCGUCCAGAUGAAUCUCCGGACCUGUUCCACACGCACUUUGCCAUUGCGGCCCUGGGCGUCUUGGGACACGAGUCCGUAGCGCCAAUGGAUCCGUGUUUCUGUGUUCCACGGACCGCAUUGCAGCGCUACCGCCGAUCUCUUGAUCAGACACAAGCAACCACCACAGACGCAUCAUAGAUCUAGUCUGUCGACCCAGUCUAUUCUUUUCCAUCAUCAGCCAUCUGAGCCACAACUAGGGUGCAGUGCACCGGUCACGGAUGAUGUGCAAAGCGUGUGCUUUGGCACGGUCUUCCACUUGCUGCCAGAUGGCCUUCAACUUGGCAUCGUCGCCAUCUGAGACGCGUUGGGGUGCCCAUGGCGCCCAGCUUUUGCGCGACACUGAGGAGCUGAAUGCCCACAUGGCCGAUCGCAGUUGGGCCUGGUCCAGUCCUAAUGAUUUCAGGAUUGCAUCACAAAAGGCUGUGUGAGAGUGUACACACGCGCGUUGUACGCGCAAUUGAGCCGUCGAUUUU